AUGACACCACAACCACACGACACAGUCGAGAUGGGUUCGUUAGACAACACCACGCCCCAGAUCUCCUUGCCAGACCCCGUGGUACUACCUCCACAGCUUGAAAAGCAGGAGGAGAUACAAGAAAUACAAAUCUCCAUUCCUCCACAUCCACCAUUUGCAUCAACCUCCUCAACAUCGUCUUCUAACACCAGCAAUCCGCUCGAUGCAUGCGACUUCCCACCCAAAACCGACCUCCCAAUCCUGCGCUCCAUCCGCCACCACGUCGCUUCCAUCUACCGCCGCAUAUUCACACUCAUCCUCCUCCUCAACAUCCUUAUCCCUCUCCUCUCCUACCUCUCCUCAUCUCCGCCUCCCCUCGAUACCACUGCCCUCACAGCUUGCGCCAUCAACCUAUCUCUCACAAUCCUAAUUCGGCAAGAACGCAUCAUCAACGCGCUCUAUUUCCUCGUUCUCGCAAUCCCGCGCUCAACACCUCUUUCGAUCCGGCGACGGGCUGCGAAGGUAUAUCAUCUAGGUGGUGUUCAUUCUGGUGGUGCGUUUGCGAGUUUGGACUGGCUUUUCAUCUUGACUAUCCUGUCGUCCACUACUCAAAAUCCGGAUGCGGUAGUCUUGGGAGUUGCGUGGAGUAUUGUGGUUUUGCUUGGGGCCAUGAUAAUAACUGCGGUGCCGGGCUCCGGGGACUUGGUGCUUGACAGUAUCGACAGCUUCGAUUCUCCUGUCCUGGAGCAACGUCAGGAAAGUACGUGUGAGAGCAGAGGUACUGAGUGCACAUGUAGUGAGAUUGUAUCUCCCGCUGCCGAAGGGGUGGGGAUGGAAGAAUGGCCCUGGGAUCGGGACGGCGGUUAG